AUGCAGUUACCGGUUCUCGCACUCAACGAAGUUUUUAUUGGUGAAAGUCUCUCUUCACGGGUAUCAUAUUAUGAAAUACAAAUCGAUAAUGGAAAAAUGGUUAAACAAAAAAGCAGCGGCAUUGCUAUUUGUACAGGCACAGGAUCAACAUCGUGGUAUUUUAAUAUCAAUAAAUUAACUGAGCAGUGUGUAUCCGAAUUGCUACGAAUUACGUCAGAGCAAUGCAAAGUAGAUCUUCCGGCUGAUGACAAGAAAAUAGUGAGCGACAUAUGUACGAAGUUCAACCAGCAGCUCAUAUUUGAACCGGAAUCAUUACGCAUGGCAUUCACAGUGCGAGAUCCCAUAUUCAAUGCAACGUUUUCACCCACGACACCUCGUGGAUUUGCAAAGAAAAUUCUUGUGAAGAGCCGCGGAUAUGAUGCCCAUUUGGUAAGUUAG